UUUUUUUUUCUUUUCUUUUAACUAUUAUUCCCACAUAAUUUUAUUGCAUAAAACAUGGCUACCAAAUCAUUCUUUGAUUUUACUGUGAAAAACAUUAAAAACCAAGAUUGGAAUCUUAAUGAUCUUAAGGGCAAGGUUGUUCUUGUCGUCAAUGUGGCUUCCAAGUGCGGCUUCACUAAACAAUAUGCUGGUUUGGAAGAACUAUAUCAAAAGUAUAAAGAUCAAGGAUUUGUUAUCGUUGGUGCUCCAUGUAACCAAUUCGCUGGUCAAGAACCCGGAUCCGAAGAAGAUAUUCAAAACUUUUGUACUUUGAACUGGAAUGUCACUUUCCCUUUGACUGCCAAACUUGAUGUCAAUGGUGAUAAUGAAGCUCCUGUAUUCAAGUACUUGAAAGAAAGUCAACCUGGUAUCCUUGGUUUGAAGCGUGUCAAAUGGAACUUCGAAAAAUUCUUGGUGGAUCGUGAAGGUAAGGUCGUGAAACGUUAUGCUUCUACCACUGAACCCAAAUCUAUUGGUCCCGAAAUUGAAAAACUCUUGGCCUCUCAAUGAUUUAUUUUAGCACGGUUCAUUAUCAAUUUUUUUUUUUUUUUUUGAAAUAAUAAAAAUGAAACUUAUUUUUGAAGUCAACGAUCA